AUGCCCGCAGCAUUGACCCCAACGGCGACUACAACCGCCCCCCACGUUCCUCCCACCCGUAUCAUUAUUCGCACAAGAGAAGAGAUGAUACGUAUCAGAAGACUCAGGAAGAACCUGGCAAAUUAUCCUGAUGUAUCAAAAUAUGCCCAUGAUAGAAGAGUUCCCGAAUUCGAAGUUCCUACGCCUAAAAGAGACAACACAAAUCUUGGCAAGACUCUUGGAACGACACUCUUCCACAGGGAAAAUUUGAUGAAACAAUUGGGAGUAUUUGGAAUGGUAGCCAAUAGUGAAGAAAGACAGCGUUUUUAUGAGAAUUGGGUACAUUUUACAGAAGAUGGGUUGCAAAAAGAUGAAGAAAGCGCCUCCGAAGAGUACAGAACAUCGAAAUUAAAUCUUAUGGUGGAAAAGAAUCGAAUCCAGAGAAAACUUUUUGUUCGUACCAAGGAACGGUCUACUUUUGAGAAAGAGUUGCAUAAGAUACAGGAGGAGGAGGAGGAGCUCGCGACAACUUAUGUAAAGGAAUGCGACAAGUUACGCGCGCAUCGAGUUAAGAUGGAGAACGAAAUGAAAAGGGUCAAAGAUUUGCUCGCUGAGAUGAACCAGUACCCUCAAGGAGAUCUUCCUAAAAUCUGGGGUAAUGGUUACGCUCAAGCAUCCAAAAACAUUGGCCGAAGAACCAACCCAGAGGAAAGCGGCGAAAUCAGCGACUUGGUUUAA